AAUACCUUUUGAAGUUUUUUUUUUUUGAGAAAAAACACCUUUUGAAGUUUGAACUCACAAAUAGAGAUGUAUUUAAUUAAUUAACCUCAGAGUUAUAAGAACCUUUUUAAAGUUUUACCUGCGCAUGAACUCUGAUAGCAAAAGAAUGUCGAGCAACGAAGAGACUAUGGAGGACAUGAAUGAAGAUUCGUUUCAGAAGGUGAAGCAGAAGAUAGUGGACCGGUCUAAGAAAGUGGCUCAAACAAAAGAGUUGUUGUCGAAACAAGCGGUUCAGACGAAGGAGAUCCUCUCCAAACAGGCCGUUAAGAUCGCAAAACAAGCUGAGGAACACGAAAGGUUCAUUAACAAGGUGACACAUCUUUUGGGGGUGCUUGCUUUUGGCGCGUUUUGCUAUCUAUUGGGAGCGAGACCCCAAGAUAUUCCCUAUGUGUAUUGCUUAUUCUAUGUAAUUUUUGUUCCUCUCCGGUGGAUAUACUAUCGGUUCAUGAAAUGGCAUUACUAUCUUUUGGAUUUUUGCUACUAUGCAAAUACAAUCUUCUUGAUCGACCUUCUUUUGUAUCCAAGGAAUGAAAAGUUUUUUAUGGUUUGCUUCUCAUUUGCUGAGGGACCAUUAGCGUGGGCAUUAAUUGUUUGGCGCUGUAGCUUGGUUUUCAGUUCUGUUGACAAAAUUGUUAGUGUCCUUAUACAUCUUUUACCUGGUAUAGUUUUCUUCACCAUUCGAUGGUGGGACCCAGCAACCUUUGCAGCCAUGCACCCUGAAGGAACUUCUCAGAGAGCUUCUUGGCCAUAUGUGGAGGGUAACUCUUACCUUUGGACAUGGCUUUUUCUGGUUCCUUUAGUUGGUUAUACCCUAUGGCAGGCUCUCUAUUUUCUCAUUGUCAAUGUCCUACGUCGACAAAGGCUGUUAAGAGAUCCUGAAGUCAUGACUUCUUACAGGGAACUCUCAAAAAAGGCACAGAAAGCUAACAAUAUUUGGUGGCGCUUAAGUGGUUUGCUCGGGGAUGAAAAUCGCUUGCUCAUGUACAUUGUGUUCCAAGGCUUGUUUACUGUAGCAACCAUGGCACUUACAGUCCCCAUCUUCUUGUCAUAUAAAUUGCACGUGAUUUUCCAAAUACUGAAGGUUUCUGCUACUGUAUGGUAUGGUGGAAGCUUUCUGCUGGAGGUAAUGCCUAGGCAGGUGAUUCUUAAGGAGAAGAAGAAAUUGGAAAUGCACCCAAUAACUCAGCAAGAUCAAUCCUCCAGUGUGACGAAAAAUACCACAAUGAUGAAUAAUUCUACUGGGACAGGCCAGUCCUGAAAAUUAAGUGAUUUUGGUAGUAGUCACUAGUUAUAACAAAUUAGUCAUACUUUGUAGAAAGUUUAUAAAUAGCAUCGUGUUUCUUUAGCAGAUCAAUGCUAAUGAUUUGUUUGUUAAAGUUGGAUCUUGGGGUAUUGUGAAUAAUUUUAUUUGCUAUAUGCACCUCUGUAGAUUUUGAAAUUUUGUAGAAUUCAGAUUGGAAUCUGAUCAUGGCAGUGUUUCAA